UGGAGCCAAAGUCACCUGCAGGAUGUCAGCUGUCUGAAACAGAUUCCAUCUGAAAUGAUGAAAAUCAGAAACUUUGUUGUCACAUUAGUCUUUGUUCAUCAGUGGAGGAGCAGCUGGUCUUUGUACAGGACAAAUGAUGACAGGAUGAUUUGAGUCCAUGUGCACAUGAAUGAUUUGUGUUUCCUCUCCAGAUCAAAGUGUGUGUGAGCUGAUGUGGAUGUGAGUUGAGCAGCAUGAAUCAGAGUGAGGACAGAGAGGAGGGAGUCCCUCCCUCUAAAAGCACUCUGUGUGGGGAACAUGACAGCCAGACCAAAGCUCAGAGCCCACAACAGACUCUGAGACCAGACUCUGCUGGACCUGGACCUGGACCUGGACCUGGGCCUGAACCUGGACUUGAACCUGGACCUGAACCCAGCUGUGUGUCCUUCAAGAGUGACCGGUCAAGUGAUCGUCUCAUUAAUUUUAAACAAAGACAUUCAUCAGACAAAAAGAUCCAUCAGAGACCAGACUCUGCUGGACCUGGACCUGGACCUGGACCCAGCUGUGUGUCCUUCAAGAGUGACGGGUCCAUUGGUCGCUUCAUUGAUUUUAAAGAUGUCGGACCGUCUGCUGCACAGAGGUCAGCUGUUAAUAACAUUAAAAUCUGACUGAUUCAUGUUUGAACUGUUAUUUAUCC